AUGCCUCUCUAUCAAUCCCCUGACGCUCACGCGCCUGUUCUUUCGCAAUUUUCCCUAAGGGGUAAAAUUGUUGCUGUAACAGGAGGCGCCCGGGGGAUUGGCCUGGAAGUAGUUCGGGGUCUCGCAGAAGCCGGGGCUAAUGUUGCUCUGAUCUACUCCUCAAGCAAAGAUGCAAUCGAAACAGCGGCUCAGAUAGCGACGCAGACAAAUGUCGAAAUCAAAACCUAUCAGUCGGAUGUCACUUCUCGCAGCACAAUUGCCGCGACCAUCACCCAGAUUGCACAUGAUUUUGGUCGUCUCGAUGUUGUGGUUGCCAAUGCCGGUGUCUGCACCAACCGGCCCAAUCUCGAGUACGAUGAAGUGAGCUGGGCUCGCGAUAAUAGUGUCAACUACGACGGCGUGAUGUGGACUGCGCAGGCUGCUGGAAAGAUCUUCAAAAAGCAGGGCAAGGGAAAUCUGGUCAUCACUGCAUCUGUCAGCGCUAUAUUGGUCAAUAUUCCCCAGACACAGGUCGCUUACAAUGCCUCGAAAGCUGCAGUGGUGCACCUGGCCAAGGGUUUGGCGGUGGAAUGGGCGGACUUUGCACGUGUCAACUGCAUCUCCCCUGGCUUCAUUUUGACCAAGAUGAUCACACAACAGCCAAAGGAAUUGAUGGACAAGUGGCUUUCCAUGAUCCCUGGAGGUCGUAUUUGCGACCCAGCCGAGUUGAAAGGUGCCUAUGUUUUCCUGGCCAGUGAUGCCUGCUGCUACAUGACUGGAGCCAACAUGGUGAUUGAUGGAGGUUACACUUUGCCUUGA